UGCCCAAAAAGUAGUGGAGAACUGCCUUUUCUGCAAAAAGUCAAGAGCAAGAAGGUGCAAACAAGUAAUGGCUGACCUACCUCCUGAAAGAACUACACCUGCAGCCCCGUUCGAGUUCACUACAGUCGACCUCUUCGGACCGUAUCAUGUCAAAGAUGACAUCAAGAAACGGGUCUCAAUGAAAGUGUGGGGUGUCGUCUUCAGCUGUAUGGCCAGCAGGGCAAUUCAUGCAGACUUGGUCAACACAAUGUCGACAGAGAGCUUCUUGAUGGCUUACCAACGCUUUACUGCAAUAAGAGGGCACCCAAGAAAGAUCUGGUCCGACCCGGGGACAAACUUCAUUGGCGCUAAACCUGUCCUAAGAGAGCUGUACCAGUUCUUGGAUACUCAGAAUAGAACUUCAAUAGAAGAGAUGUCGGCUCAAAAAGGUACCAAGUGGGAGUGGAUAAUUCACCCUGCUGACUCACCUCACCGAAAUGGGGCUGCUGAAGCCGCUGUCCGCAUUCUCAAGAAGGCACUCCAGAGCCUGGGCAACAACACUGGCCUCAGCUACAGCGAGCUUCAGACAACACUACAACUUGCUGCAAACCUUGCCAACGAAUGCCCAAUAGACGCCAGGGUGCAGAGCCAUGAAGAAAGCGUGCAGUAUGUGUCACCCAACACACUUCUCCUGGGCCGAGCCUCUCCAAGCGGUGAGAUCAGAACAUUUGACUUUGCAAACUACCCUUAUAAGAGACUCAGAGAAAUGCAGAACCAGGUCAACAAGUUCUGGAGGUCUUGGAGCCAGCUUGCCGGCCCAAACUUAUUUCUGAGAAGUAAAUGGCACACUCUGCAUCGCAACGUUGCUAUCGGAGAUAUUGUCUGGUUGUGCGACCAAAAUGCAGUGAGGGGCCAAUUCAAGCUAGGACGGGUGGUGAGCGUAAAUCCAGAUGCUAAGGGCAUUGUUCGGGACGUAAACGUCAAAGUGGUCCAAAGCUCCUGCCUUCCUGUCACGAAACCCACACUAAAUCGGCCAUCCGCCAAAGUCCUGAAAGAAGCUACCCAAAACACGGUUCUGCACAGAGAUGUUCGACGCCUGGUUGUCUUACUACCAGUUGAGGACCAAACUCGGAGCUGACCGGCAGUAAGCAGGUGCUGAUUUACGAUCUUUCCAUUGGUUCCCGUGGGAAGAUCGAGUGGGAGGUGUGCUGACAAACUGCCUGGGAGCUCCUCCCAUUCAAUCAGUGGUGAACCAGGUGGAACAAAUCUUCCAAGCAAUCUGAGCAUGCCAGUACCUGGCUCUGUUGUCUUUAGACAGUGGAAGGAGCAUUAAAGAGCACCACAAAACCAAGGAAACUUCAUCUUUGAAAUCAAGGUAUUUGUGCAAGAUCAAGCCCUCCACAAAACUGUGAAGGACAGCCGGUUUUUCACCUGUUUACUGCCAACCAAAGAAUGGUAAAUAAAAGACAAAGAACUGAUCCCAUGGCUGUUGAGUGAAAUCCUGUUAAAAUCUUCAUGUGGAGGGACCGUCUCUUUCAAGUGGGGGAAUUGCACAAAAUAAUAGAUCAGAACUU